AUGCAUCCAACCUCAGCUACAUUUCCUCUACAUAACUCAUCAAACACUACAGUGGAGCCCCAGUCCACCAUAUGGCAGACCCAGCUUGCUGAUGUCUGUCAAAUCAAUUCUAUCACCCGUCCAGUAUUCCAGGAUUUCUCAGAUCGCCGUGGUGGAAGAACUGCUUGGUCAAGCACAGUGACUGUCCACGGCCAGAAAGUUCCAGCUCGAUUCUGGUAUGACGGCAAAAACAUCAACAAUGCCAGAGAAGAUGCUGCUGAAUGUGCAGUCAAAUGGCUGACCGGUUCUGAGACCGGCUCUCCCACUCGAUGUCACGGCCACUAG